AUGCCGCGCCAGAAGGCACUCUUCGCGGCCUCUCGAAGGGCGCUGGUCGUCCUCGCUUUGUCUUGCCUCCUCCUGGCGCUCGCGCCGCUGCCGUCCGCCUCUUCGGUUGAAGAGCAGGUCUGGGAAGACGCCUUAGAGGUAGAGCAUUUGGCCUCUUCAGAGGAUAUGGACCAGCUGACAAACGAGUUCGUCAUGGCUAUGGGCUCUGGCGACGGAUAUGGGGAUCACCUGGCAGAGGUCCUCGACGGCGACGCUCCUGACGAAGAAGAAGAGGAAAGCACCGUCACGCAGACUGCCCGGAAAAAGCUCGAUGCCGCAGCCGCGAAAAAGCGCGUGAACAGACUCGCCAAACUUUUCCAAGGAGGGCUGGUCAUCGGUGUUGCCCUGCUCGCCAUCGCGGGCUUCCUGCGCUACAGAGCGAAGACUCUUGAGGCCCCGAUCACCGAGGAGGAGGCCGCCCGCACUCGCGACAUGCUUUCUGAAGUAGAAAGUAUGCUUGAGCAGGAAUCCCAGCAGCGCGAAAGAGUUGAGGCGAUGGCUGAGAAGAGCAUGGAGAGUGAAUCUGCGCCCGCGACAGCAGCUGAGGCAGAGGAAGAAACAGCUGUGGAGGCGGAGACGCCAGUGGAGGUCGAGCUCGCAGAGGAGGAAGGGGCAGCAGCUGAGCCGGAACCAGCAGCUGAGCCGGAACCAGCAGCUGAGCCGGAACCAGCAGCUGAGCCGGGAUCAGCAGCUGAGCCGGGAUCAGCAGCUGAGCCGGAACCAGCAGCUGAGCCGGAAUCAGCAGCUGAGCCGGAACCAGCAGCUGAGCCGGAACCAGCAGCUGAGCCGGAACCAGCAGCGGAGCCGGAACCAGCAGCUGAGCCGGAAGCAGCAGCUGAGCCGACGGCAGCAGUUAAGGCAACAGAUCUCGCAGAGGAGCAGGCAAAGACCGACAAGCUGCUCGACAGGGCUGAACACGCCACGCAAAACCUUGUAGGCUGUCCCUCUGUUAGCUGCGUGGUGGAUUCUCUCGGCCCGUAA